AUGUCGGCGACGGAUCAAAUGCGGAGUCUGCUGGAUGAACUCAUGGGUGCAUCUAGAGAUGGAGGUGAGCGCCGAAUCGAGUUCGACGAUCCAAGGGUUUGCAAGAGCUUCCUCCUCGACUGCUGUCCGCAUGAGAUUUUGUCGGGGACGCGCAUGGAUCUUGGGGAGUGUCCCUAUUCGCAUGAAGUUGGUCUUAAGUCCGACUACCGCCGUGAAGCCGAAAAGCGCCCUUACUAUUAUGAAGUAGACGCCCUUCGGCAUUUAGAGACUUUUAUUGCUGAAAGUAAUCGGCGCACGGAACACGCUAAGGCCAAAUUGCGGGAAACCCAAGAGGAAUUAACCGAGGAGGCAGCUGCCCAAGUUGAGAAAAUUAACAAACUCAGCGAGGAAAUUGGAACAACUUUAGCGAAGGCUGAGCAGAAGGGCGCUGAUGGUCACGUUGAAGAGUCGCUGAAGCUAAUGGAACGUGUCGACGAGCUCAAUGCCGAAAAGGCUAAGCACGAGGCUGAUCUACGUAAUGCUAUCCCGGUGAGUACUUAUCAGCAGCAGAAACUUCGGGUGUGCGAUGUUUGCUCGGCGUACCUUGGCGUUCACGACAACGACCGCCGUCUCGCGGACCACUUUGGUGGCAAACUGCAUCUUGGAUUUAUCACUAUUCGCGAAAAGCUGGAGGCUCUUAGGAAGUAUGUAUCAGAAAAUGAUCUGGUGAGGAAACAGCGCGAAGAUGCCUCACUACCUCGAAAAGAGGUUCGUCGUGACAGCAGGGAGCGUGAAAGAAGUCGUGAGCGUGAACGCGACCGGGAAAGGAGUCGUGAACGAAGGCGACGACGCAGUCGUUCUAGAAGUCGGUCCCGCAGCAGGAGACGCGACAGACACCACAAGUCGAAUGGUAGGCGCCAUCGCGACGACAGUCGUGAGCGAAAACACCGCCAGAAAAGUUCUCGAAGUUAUGAUGAUUGA